GUGUCCUGACUGCCUGGUUGAGGCGGGCCGGCUGCCGCAGUCGCGGCCCCCGGACCGUUUGUCCGAGCUCCGUGUUUCCCGGGGAGGCAGAGGAUCGCGCAGGAGCCGCAUCUUGUGAUUCCAAUCGAUUAGUGCGUCUCUCCCGUCGAUAGAAAUCGGUUCUGGGGCCGAGGUCGGUUUGCGGGGACCGAGCUGCCGCUGCUGAGGUCCACAGAGGGGGGAUAAUGAAUUUGUAAUGCACAGUGUCUGCUGUUCUGGGCCAUGGAGGACGAGUCUAUCUCAGGGAGUGAUCCAGAUGUGGAGUCGGAGGAUGUGGAAGAGGAAGAGGAGGAGAUGGAGGACAAUGAUGGUGAUGACGAGGAUGACCUGGAAGAAAACGAUGAUUCUGAGCUCACUCCGGUCAGUUCUGAGCAUUCCCCACAGCCCGAUGCCAGGGGAUGGAAUUGUUCCACUUCAACUACCUCAUCACAGAAUGAAAAGAAACGGGCUCGCUCAGUAAAUGGCAAGAGGAAAAGGUCAACAAAGCCUGUCCACAUGAGAAGAAACAUCCGAAAGCUACUACGGGAGGACCAACUUGAGGCUGGAACCAAAGCAGCACAGCAGGAGGAAUUGGAGCGCCUAAAAAGGCUUGAACAACAAAGAAAGGAAUUUGUGUUACCCACCUUGCCGUUUGAACUAUUACAAGAGUCGAACGCCCAAACUUUAAAAAAUGAACCUGUUUGGAAUGAAGAGGAAACUGUGCAGAAAGCAGAUGAAGUUCUGUCAGCCCCACCAAGAUACUCUAAAUCUGAGGUCAUCUGUGUGGACAUAAGCAGUGGGAGUGAAGAUGAUGCAGGGGGAGUAAACAGAGUUGUAAAGGAUGAUGUGAUUGAACUGAGUUCAGGGGAAGAUGAUUCGCUCCAAAUUCUUGAUAGUGGAUCCAGCAAUGAAGAGGAGGAGGUGAAUGAGGAGAGCAAUGGUGCUCAUGUGAACGAUGCCUUGAACCAGCCAGAUGACUUGGGCCGUGUACUGGUCAACAUAAAUCAUCCCCCAAAUGAGCAAGACAUUUUCCUGGCACCCCAACUGGCACGAGCUGUCAAAUCACACCAGAUUGGAGGAAUUCGUUUCUUAUAUGAUAAUCUGGUGGAGUCACUGGAAAGGUUUAAAAGCAGCAGUGGUUUUGGUUGUAUCCUGGCACACAGCAUGGGUCUUGGGAAGACCCUGCAAAUGGUCUCCUUUGUGGACGUUCUCUUUCGAUACACAGAAGCACGCACUGUCCUCGCUAUUGUACCGGUGAACACUUUGCAGAACUGGUUGGCCGAGUUUAACAUGUGGCUUCCAGCCCAAGAAGCACUUCCUGCAGACUACAACCCUGAAGAGAUCCAGCCCAGGAGUUUCAAAGUUCAUAUCCUAAAUGAUGAGCACAAAACAACUGUGGCCCGUGCCAAGGUUAUCAAUGAAUGGUCAACUGAUGGUGGCAUGCUGUUAAUGGGGUAUGAGAUGUAUCGUCUGCUUUCAUUGAAAAAAUCUUUUGUUAGUGGGAGGAGGAAGAAAACAAAGAAAUCUACAGGACCUGUGAUCAUAGAUUUGGAUGAGGAAGAUCGACAGCAAGAACUGUUGAAAGGCAUUGAGAAAGCCCUUUCCAGACCAGGGCCAGAUGUAGUUAUUUGCGAUGAAGGCCACCGCAUAAAGAAUUGCCACGCCAGUACAUCUCAGGCCUUAAAGAGCAUCCGUUCACGGCGGCGGGUGGUCCUGACUGGAUAUCCACUUCAGAAUAACCUCAUGGAGUACUGGUGUAUGGUGGACUUUGUCCGGCCUGACUUCCUUGGGACCAGGCAGGAGUUCAGCAACAUGUUCGAGCGGCCUAUCCUGAACGGGCAGUGUAUUGACUCGACUCCGCAGGAUGUCCGCCUGAUGCGGUAUCGCAGCCAUGUUUUACACAGCCUCCUGGAAGGGUUUGUACAAAGGCGGGGCCAUGAUGUUUUAAGAGGUCACCUUCCUGACAAAGAAGAACACGUGUUGCUGGUGCGUCUCUCCAAAAUCCAGCGAUCACUGUAUACAGAGUUUAUGGAUCGUUUCAGAGAUGCAGGAAACAGUGGCUGGCUGGGUCUCAACCCUCUGAAAGCAUUUUGUGUCUGCUGCAAGAUCUGGAACCACCCAGAUGUUCUUUAUGAGGCACUGCAGAAGGAGAACCUGGCCAAUGAUCCAGAUUUGGAUCUUGAGGUAAAUGAUCUUAAUGCAGGUACACCAAAUGCACGGGCUCUGCCAAUUGGAAGUAAAAGGAAAACUGAGAGCACGGCUGCCACCUUAGAUUCCACGAACAGCAAGUUUACCCAGAGUGUUGGAUUCAACCAUUUUCAGGAAAAGGCCAACCAAGUCAUCACAUACGAUUGGGCUAAGGAUAUAUUGGCAAAUUACCAGCCUGGCUUGCUAGAGAACUCUGCAAAAAUGGUGCUGUUGUUUGAGCUAAUUGAAGAGAGCCUGAAACUCGGAGACAAGAUCCUGGUGUUUAGCCAGAGCCUUUCCACACUGUCUGUCAUUGAAGAAUUUCUUGGAAAGAGACAGAUACCAGCAAAAGUAGGCUCCGAAGAACCCCCACAACCCUGGAUCCGGAAUGUUAACUACUACCGGCUGGAUGGAAGCACCUCUGUAAUGGAGCGAGAACGACUGAUCAACCAGUUCAAUGAUCCUCGCAACAUCAAAGCCUGUCUUUUCCUGCUGUCUACUCGAGCUGGGUGCCUGGGAAUCAACCUGGUGGGAGCCAAUCUGGUAGUGUUUGACGCAUCCUGGAACCCCUGUCAUGAUGCUCAGGCCGUGUGUCGCGUGUACCGCUACGGUCAAAAGAAGCCUUGUUACAUUUACCGGCUGGUGUCUGACUACACACUUGAGAAGAAGAUCUAUGACCGGCAGAUCUCCAAGCAGGGCAUGUCUGACCGUGUUAUUGAUGAUCUAAACCCAAUGUUAAAUUUCACCCGGAAGGAAGUGGAAUCCCUCCUGCAUUUUGUGGAGGAGGAGCCUGUUUCAGCAGAAACAAACUUCGAGACAGAUAUAUUAUGUGAUGAAGUGAUACACAGAGCAUGCGCCAAACAUAAACAUCUUGUCACCAAGCCUCCUUUCCAGCACGAGUCCCUGCUAAUGGACCGCAAAGAGUACAAGUUGACCAAGGCGGAGAAGAAGGCUGCGAAGAAGAGUUACGAGGAUGAGAAGCGAGCAUCAGUCCCAUACACCAGACCGUCCUAUGCCCAGUAUUACCCAGCCAGUGACCAGAGCCUUACCAACAUCCCCAUCUUUAGCCAGCGGCAUUGGUAUAGGCCCAAUUAAGGGCUGGAUGAGAAGCCAGUGGCUAGCGUUCGACCUGUACAGUCAACACCAAUUCCCAUGAUGCCUCGGCAGGUUCCAAGUGGAAUGGGAAUUCCUAGUUCGGGAUUUGGUCCUGUGUUUUCUGUCAGUCACCUCCAACGGGCUGGUGUUGUGGUGCAGAAAAUUGUCACUACCACAGAUAUCAUUAUUCCUGGAACAAUACAUCAACUGAUGUCCCAAGCAAGAAUCAAUGCUGGGGAAAGCAUCCAUGUUAUCAGGGAACCAAAAGGGAUGUACAUUCGCACAUGUGAUGGAAGGAUUUUUGCUGUACGCAUGGGCAAUAAACCUAAAGUGGCUGAGGGAAAUCAUGCAGUGGCAUCAGGCUCGCAGGGAGUAGCCCUUAAUGUAACCGGCCACAAAGGUCACAGCUCCACCUCCCCAGAUCAGUCACAGAAGGCCCUUUCCCCGGAAGAAAUUGCACGGCCUCUUUCCCCGGACAGCCCAGAGAUAAUAAGCGAGCUCCAGCGCUACGCCGAGGCAGCUGCCGCCAGGGAAUCCGGUGACCGGCCCGCAACCGUCACCAACACGCAGGGUGAUCACUCCAAGCUGAGACCGGCUCAGCCCUCGGACCAGCUCCUGAGCGUCAACAGCCCUGCUUCAGGCCGCCCUGCGGCCUUGAACAUGCCAUCGGCUAGCCGCUACGCUGACUGGACCUCCGGCGCCUUUGGGAUGGAUAUCAAGGGUGGCAAGCGGAAGUCUUCCUCUCCUUCCUUGGAGGACCGUGCGCGGAAGCAGAGGCACUCGAUGUCGGUGCAGGGCUACUCUCUGCCCGCUGGCUUUAACCUCUCAUCUGUUGGCCUGAGCCCUGAGAUACCUGGCUUGCCCGGUAAUUGCCCGACUCUCUUGAACCCCCUGUACGGCGCAGGGAAUCCCUACUACACUCUGCCCGGCUUCCUGGGGGACACGCGGCUGAUGUUCCCCAUGACUACUGACCCGCGUCUUGCUGCUAGCACCUCUGGCCCUGCCGUCCCUACCUCAGCGACCGGUGCCGCAGUGCCCUUCAUGCUCAGCCCAACCUCGGCAGUGCCCGGGGGUCUGCUUCCCGGCCUCCCUCACCCCUUCGCCCAGUCUCCGCUGAACGAGCCCCGCAUGUUUGCUCCAUAUCCAGUCCCCCUACUCACCAACAGUUUGCCAGCCAGCACGGACCAACCUGGCAGAGUCUUUGUGCCAUCGUCGUCGUCUUCCGGCUACUCUGCUCAGGAGCUCCUUGGCACCACAGCUCCACAGAUGGACCCGCCUCCGGGAUUGGACGCCACUGGCAACUCGGAUGACGAUGUCAUCGAGGUCACAAGCAGUAACUUGGGGUGACCGACCCAUAAGGGACAAGGCUGUUAUCCAAAUCUUUUUAAAAAUAAUUAAGUAAAUAAACGUGUCACUCUCCCGAAUUUUAUGGCCGUUGACCACCAUAUUGUAAAUGUUGCCUUUUUAGAGUUUUUUUAAAUUAUUGGCCAAGUUUUUUCAUCUUUUUAAAUAAAACUUUCCACUGGAUUUUUUUUUUGUUUCUUGCCUGGAAGAAGUUUUUGCCUGCAUUUGAGAAAAUCUGGUUUGGAUGGAGACAUGCAGUUGUUUCCUGUGGGAGAAUUUAUUUAAAGAGGCAAAACAAUGCUAAGUUGUUUAAAGGGGAUGUGUAUUUUUUUAAAAAAGGGACUUUCACAUCUAUAUGUCUGAAUGGGCAGUGUCACGUAAAUUUGACUGAUAACACAUUUGUAGACCCUUUUGUGGUUCGAAAAAGCUUUGAUAACAGCUUGUGUGCAGAGCAAGCAGUGCUUGAUAUUUUCAGCAAGCUUGGGAGAGACUCAUCAGUAUUAAGUUGGAAUGGUACUGCAGGAUUGGAAGAAUUAUUUCCUCAGCUCAUGAAUGAGAGUUCUAUUGACUAGGGAAAUGGUGAGGCAGCAAGCUCUGACAGGACAGAAUUUGUUUGAAAAACUGACUAGCCCUUGAAGGGCUUAGCGGAGGAAUGCAUCAGGAAGUGGGAUACUGAGCCAAGCAGACCAGAAUCUAACAGGCUCUGUGCCUAAUCUACAGGGCCAAAUGAUCUCUUGCAGUUGUUCCAACUCCUUGGAGAAAAAAAAAAUUAGCUUUCCUGCUGCCCGUUCCCAGUGCUGAGCCAGUCAAGGAUGAAACUCGUGUGAAACAGGACGGGGAGAAGAUUUGAAGGGUGGGGAAUUAAACUGAGAGGACCAUGUCUCUGAGUGUCUGCUACCACCUUAAUCGAGUGCCUGUAGAGGAAUCUUUUGCUGUUCCCUAAAUGUGGGCAAUGACACUGAGUUUGAUUACAAACAUCUCAUUUCAGUUCUGUGGGUUACCAUGAACCAGAUUCUUGUCCCCACAGAAAUGUUAAAUUUGAAAAUCACAAGUACCUUUUAGGUAAUGCUCUUUUCUCAGAUUGGGUUUGUGUGGUGCUGUUAAGUGUUUGGCAAAGUUCUUCCUUGGCUACAAAAGGGGAAGAACCUUGUGUUAAAGUGCUGCAGUUGAUGUUUUAUGCAGAAUAUUUUGUUUUACCAUCACAUUAUAGUGGUCAACUCGUACAGCAGGAAGAACACAUGAACUGUGACUCAGCAGGAUAUCUGUAGAGAAUUGCUUCAUUCAGGUCAAGUUCAGACUGUUCCUGACAUACAGAAGUAUUAAACCAGACAAUUUUUAGAAGUUCCAGUUUGAAGUUUGGUUUAAAAUGUAAAGCCAGCAUUAUUAUUGCUUUUUUUUCCUUGGAAGUAAAUUACAUCUUUAACUUAUUUAUGAACUUGGGUAUUUAUUAUCACAAGCAUAACUGAAGUGCAUAUGUUUUGGAGGGAAAAGGAAACAGGAUGAUAAUUCUGACCAAAGUUCAGCUGACAUUUGGACCAACGUAGUCAGACCAAAAUUAUUCUGGCUCCAGGGGUUAAAACAAGAUGCAGCAGAUGAGAGUUGGCCACAUUGGAAUCAUCUGCCAUCAGUCUUGGCCCAAUUCAAGACCUAGAGGGGGAACUGAUUAACCAAUAAUUUAUCUUAAAUUUAAGAUAUUAUCUGUAGAUUUCUGUGGUGAAGCAUCUUUCAUUCUUUGGAUGAAUGGCUCUAGGUGACCUAAUGCAGUUGAUCACAGAUCACUGUUUAUUACACUUUCACCUGAAGUUGUACCUUGCCAGUUUCAGCCAUAUCUUAGUACUGGUUCUUGGGGUACAGAUGCCACUGUUGGCCAUUUCUCAGAAGUUAGUGAGAGAUGCUAUGGGGGAAUUCGCAGAUGUAGUUGGCAUUGUGUAGCCCAUUCGAGAGUGAAUAAAUGGCUAUACACAAUACCCCUUUGUAGUGAGUGACCCCAGAAUUGGAAGGCUCACUUCAGUGAACCCCUAUUUUAACCACUUUUGUUUUUGAUUAAAGCAUCUUGUUAGUCACAAAUCUUUCAUUCAAAAGAAUUCUCCCCACCUUCCUUUCUCUCUUUCCCCCCCCCCCCAAGACAUUAAUUCACAAUGUACAGCACAGACCAUGUGCACCAAUGGCACUCAAUUCCUUAGUUGCUAUUUAUUGCUAAGAUGACCAUCAGGGGAAUAUUUGGACAAUGAGGUGAAGCCCUAGAAUUUGUAUUGACCAGUUGGUAAUCACUUCCAGGGCAUGUAGGACCUUUGAGCAAGAUAACCUGAAUUAACAUAAAAAAAUAAUAAUCUGAACAGAUUGGUCCUAAAUAAUGAGCUGAAACCUCACGCUGGCCAAGUUACAUGCUUGCUGUGUGAGUGUGCAGUUCUGUGAAGCCUAUUGUGCACAGCCUGGAAGCUGACUUAAAUUUAAAAAUAACAUUGUUUAUGCUGCCUUAUGAUGCUGACCUUGACCUUCCUCGUCUAAAGUUUAGCAUUUGCACACUGCCAUUAAAGCUGAAGUGAAUUGCACCGAUAUGGAAAUUAUUCCAUGCACCAAUUCUGCCCCAAUUGGUUUGUUUCCACAAUAAUCUUCCCUCUUCAAUCGCCCUAUUCAUGAUCCCUCCGCUUUUCUGAACCAGAUUACAGAACCAGAGUCCUUAACAGGAUCUACGAAACCCUAAGUCCACUUUCUGAAUGUGAGCACUCAGGACAAAUAUAUCUGUUGCAGUUCUUCAAAACAACUCUGAACAAUAUACCGGAAAGGUCAAAGGAGCCAGAAUAUGGUUUGAUCUAUUGGUGCGUCAUUCUGAUCUGCACUGAAGCUAACUUCAAAUAGUUAUUUAUCUUUGUCUUUAUUAAUUUUCCUUAAAUCCCAAGACACCUAUCUAGCACGAGUUGCCAUAUGAGAUAAAUAUUAAUUGAUAGAAGCCUUAGAAACAUUAGCUAUGCAAGUUUUUUGAUUUUUUAAAAAUAUUUUUUUUGUUCAGGCAUAUCACAAAUAUGAGUAAGGGGCCUUUAAGCUGUCAAAUCAUCAGAGAAGGCACCACCAUCUGUCGGCCAGAAAUAGUGAAGUUAUCAACUUUCCAAAGACUUGAAAGGCUUUAUAUUCUUUCUGGCACCCCUGUAACUAGUGUGUCCUGUGUUGUUGUAAGGCGUGAAAUGGAAACAUUGGCAGUGGAGAGUGGGCGGAAGUGAAUCACUUUGUGAUCCUGUCAGUCACGUGACCUGGUCAAUUUUGUGUUUAAACUGGUAGCUGAAUUAUUACUUAGAUUUGUUGGUAGGCUCUGGUGACCGAGGAAAACCCUGGAAAUUUUGUUCUGGUUGAUCUUCCAUUGUAGCAGCCAAUGCGUUGAGUCUUGAAACUUCUGAGGAGCCAGUGUAUUCAUUUGUUUAGAUGUCAGAAGAUUCUCAAUCUAUCCACUGUAUUCUGAGACAGAGUGGGAGUAACUUUUUGUAUGUACCGGACACCAAAUCAUGCUGUCUAUUAAUGAUGAACACUUCUGUUUCUGACCAUACUCUGCCCGCAUCAUUAAUACAAUUGUUAUCUCAUUGCUCUGUUCAAGUCAAUCUGCUUUUACAGAAUGAGUUCAAAUAACCUGCAUAGUGUAUCAAAGGAGCAUGGUCAGGAGCGAUGUGUAGAUGUGGACUGUUAAUUUAGAAGUGUGUGUGUGUGUGUGUGUGUGACUUCUCCUGUCAUUCACAGGAAGCUUGCCUGUCCUGUGAGAGUAUGAGCCUGCAGUCCUGUGCUCCUUUGGAAAAUCAGCCAGUUGUCCUUUGUAAUAGCCACAUUCUACAGUCAUCUUUUUACUGUGUCAAAUCCAGUUACCAAGUUAUUUGACUAGUGGAAGUCGUCUUUUAACAUUGUGGAUUUGUUAUGUCCCUACAGGGGAAAUUACUCCUGCAGCUUCCGGUUGGCAUAAAGUUCCCUUUCCGGACUUUGUAACUCACCUACAGGUUGUGUGUUAGGAAGUUGUUCAGAGCGGCAUUUACUGAGCUCACUGUAAGGCAACUACUGCAUGCCACAAGGUGAGCCUUAGAUGGCAUUGUGUAAAUAUCAUGAUCUCCUCACACUUGUAGACAAGGCAGCAGGGAAAUGGUAACAUCCCAGGGUGUCUGUAUUCUUUGCUCCUGGUCCGUGCUGUUCAGUGCUUCCAUUGCUUUCAUUGUUAAAUGGUUGAGUGUAUUGCACCUACUUUACAAAUAGGUGUAAAUUGUCUUCUGCCUCUGGUGUGGACAAGAUCCUGCCUAUUUGUUUCCAUUCUUUAUUGAAUGUGGAUAUGGGCUUGACUGCAUUGUAUUCGAAUCCCAGAGACUGUUACCACCAGGAAUUAAGGGAGUCUAUGCUGCUAACCACCUUUCUGAAAACUGCUGUCUGUGCAUGCGCAAUGGGUACAAAGUAGAAAAGAUCUUCUACUGAUGACUGCAAUGGAAAUAGUACUGUUGCUGCACCAGGCAGGCCCGUGUAGGGUGGCCUUGUGAUUUUGCCCCACACCAGGAAAUAAAACUGCAAGUUUAUUCACUUUUCCCCCAUCUCUUCCACUGACCACACCCCCAGAAAAUGAAUUGAAAACUAUUUUGUUGUUUUAAAAUGGAGACCAUUUUUUGUAAUUAAAUGUUACCGAUCUGUAAACUGCCUAAUGGACCUCUUCUGUUUUUUUUUAUUUGGAAAGAAUGAAAAAUAAAGUCUAGAGCCUCUUGUGUUUUGGUAGAGAUAUCCUUUACCUAAGUGUCUGUGUGAGAAUGUUCCUGAAGUAAAUUGUGUACUUUGCUGCAUAAUUCAUGAUAAACACGCCACUUAUUUUGUCAGGAAAUUUCUGCUUGUAGCUUCGUCUUUAUAGUGUGCGUAUAAA